UCAGAUCACGUACCUAGUACGACUGUAAAGCAAAUCCCGGCAGACCCACGAAAAAACUGCCCCUCGCACCCGCGACCCACCAAAUCUCCACGCCAGGCAAGCAACAACCUCUCCCAGGACCCUCAGCUCUCUCCGCAAAUUCAACGACCGACAUUCCUGCCUCUAUUGCUGCUCUCCGCCGCGCUGUGCGCUCACUGCUCCGCUUCCUUCCGAUUAUCGCCGGUACCUCUAUUUCGACAUAAUCCAUCACGAUGAGAGGCGAGAUUCUCCACCUCCACCUCGGUCAGGCUGGUGUCCAGCUGGGUAACAGCGCAUGGGAGCUGUACCUCCUCGAGCACGGUCUCGGAGCUGACGGCCGCCCGGACCCCAACGCCAAGGACGUAGGCGAUGCUGGUUCGUUCGAGACCUUCUUCACGGAGACGAGCAACGGCAAAUACGUUCCCCGGUCCAUCUUUGUCGAUCUCGACCCUUCGCCGAUCGAUGAGAUCCGCACUGGCACCUACCGCCAGCUCUUCCACCCCGAGCUUCUGAUCAGCGCGAAGGAGGAUGCUGCCAACAACUAUGCUCGCGGCCACUACACCAUCGGCAAGGAGAAGAUCGAUGAUGUCGUCGACCGCAUCCGCCGCGUCGCUGACAACUGCCAGUCGCUCCAGGGCUUCCUGAUCUUCCACUCGUUUGGCGGUGGUACUGGUUCCGGUUUUGGCGCUCUUCUGCUCGAGCGUCUUUCGACCGACUAUGGCAAGAAGUGCAAGCUGGAGUUCACCGUAUACCCGGCGCCGCGCCUCUCCUCUGCCGUUGUUGAGCCCUACAACGCUGUGCUCUCCACCCACAGCACGAUCGAGAACUCCGACUGCACGUUCCUGGUUGACAACGAGGCCGUGUACGACAUCUGCCGCCGGAAUCUGGACAUUCCCCGGCCCAGCUACGAGCACCUGAACCGGCUGAUUGCUCAGGUGGUCUCUUCCAUCACUUCUUCCUUGCGGUUUGACGGCGCCUUGAACGUGGACCUCAACGAGUUCCAGACCAACCUGGUCCCGUACCCUCGUAUCCACUACCCCCUGAUCAGCUAUGCGCCGGUCAUUUCGGCCGCCAAGAGCGCUCAUGAGAGCUUCAAGGUCUCGGACCUCACCUUCCAGUGUUUCGAGCCCAACAACCAGAUGGUUGUCUGCGACCCCCGCAAGGGCAAGUACAUGGCCGUGGCCCUCCUGUACCGCGGCGACGUUGUCCACCGCGACUGCAGCGCUGCGGUCGCUGCCCUCAAGUCGAAGGCUUCGUUCAACCUGGUCGAGUGGUGCCCCACUGGCUUCAAGAUCGGCAUCAACUACCAGAAGCCCGUCGCCGUCCCCACUGCUUCGCCCCAGGACGGUGGCCUCGCCGCGGUCGACCGCUCCGUGUCCAUGCUGUCCAACACGACUGCCAUCGCCGAGGCCUGGUCGCGUCUCGACCACAAGUUCGACCUCAUGUACAACAAGCGUGCCUUCGUCCACUGGUACGUUGGCGAGGGUAUGGAGGAGGGUGAGUUCAGCGAAGCCCGUGAGGAUCUGGCUGCCCUCGAGAAGGACUACGAGGAGGUCGCUGCCGACUCGUUUGAACCCGGCGAGGGUGAGGCCGAGUACUAAGCCGCUCGCGCCGUAUUCCGCCGCUCUCGCUGUCGGCGUGCGUACGGUGUGAAGUGAGUGGAGUAUGCAAACCUCUGGGCCGCUGCCCGGCAAGUUCUUCUUGGUCAGCCGUGGCAUGCGCUGAAGACUUGCCCGCAACUCCUCUGCGACAAGGUAAAUCUGUUGAUGGGCUUUCUGCGUUCCCUGCUAGUAUGAGAAUAAUUCCCCCAGCAAGCCAUGUUCUUAACUGCUUUUGACCUUGUCCAUUUCGAGAGAUAGCAAAAUGUGGAUAGGGGCCUUGGUAGAUGAGGACAACUGGGCUGCUCCCCUUUUACGAUUGUAGACCGCUGGUUUGAUAACCUUUUAUACUGUCGAUAGCUCCUCCCUUACCUAGUCGAGAUUGAUAUCCCCCUUACCUUUCCUUCUGGAGCUUGGAAGCCUGAAUGUGUCGUUUCCUUCCGUGUAGCCCC